AAAUCAAGAAAAAUUCAACAAAGAGUCUGACUACUCUUAUGUUCGGUCCGUAAGCCGGAAGGUUCAAGUCUUUCGUGUUGAAGAUUUCUAAAUGGUGAAAACCUUGCUCUUGCCCCCGGUAAUCACAAGUUUUAUCAAGAUGAGCAUGCGCACACGUGCGUUAGUCUUUUCCACAUUUUUUGGUAGUUGCCUGGCCAUUGGGCUGCUACUUGUUAGCAUGACCACAAACCACUGGGUACGAGCCAACCCGCGAAGACACACUUCAUCAAAAGCUAAGGGCGAUGUCAAUUUUGGCCUUUUCUAUGGGAACCAGCACCUAGAUCUCGGAUUUGGAGUACGGACCUAUCCAGUUGAUGUUUACACCUUUAUUCGAACUGAGAACGGCGACACAAGCUUUUGGCUUUGGCUUCUUACGACUUUGGGCACUGGAUUUGGCCUCUUAGCCUGUGCCGUGGCUGCCAUUGCUGCCGUCCUAAAGUCUGCCUCGGCAGCCAAAAGAGGCGGCACCAUGGUUCUGCUUUUAACUGCCAAUAUAUCAGCCGCAGGAGCGCAGGUUGUGGCCUUUGUUGCAUGGCUAGUGCAGUUCUACCAAUAUCUCAUACACAACGUGCUUCUCACCGAGCACCAGCAGCAACACUGGUAUAGUACUGGGCUGGCUUCUCUGGGCUAUAGCUUCUACUUGGUCGUGAUUUCCACCAUUGUGGUGCUGCUCAACAUAACGAUUCUCCUUUAUGCCAGACGUCGGGAGAGCCGCGAUCGCCGUCUUCGCUUGGAGCCGGAAAGCAAGGACAAGCAUCAGGCCGCCAUAAUGCUGUACUAGGAAAGGCAGCAGGAAGCAAUCCUAAAUGGACCUCAAAUAAUCUACUCGAAUAUGGGGAAGAGUAGCGACCACCAAGUAAUCUCAGUGGCUCAAAUGCUUGUGCCUUACCGCCUUUGCUUGCCAAGAAGAAGGCCCAUACACAUACUUACACCAACAUAUACCGCAUACGCACAUAUUUAUAUAUAUACCUAUAUUUACCGAAUAUUUAUACAUACCAACACGCGUGAAAGCUGAAAUACCUCAGCGUCCGGCUGAAGUCAAUUGAAUGAACAAACUUGACGGAACAAAGCAUUUGAAUAUCUCUUUAUGCUUAUACAUUUUAUAUACUCGAAUGACCUUUGCUUACUCUAUUUUCGAUACCUUGUACGUAUAUACAUAUGUAAAAACUUAUGUACAUUAUGCUGCUCUUUUGCAGCCAAGCAUUUUUGAUGUGUAUACAAAUA